AUGCUCCGAAAAGGCUUUCAAUAUCAAGGUGUUAAAUAUUUCGUAAGCGUUGUCUUCAGUUUUGCUUUGGUUAUACCUUGUGUGCUGAUGUCAUCUAUUCGCAAAAACGACGUUAAGCUCCGCAAUGAGAAUGUAAACCCUUGCGACAAUUUCUAUCAAUAUGUCUGUGGUAAUUACAACGACUCAAUAACACCUGAAGAAAAAUUCAAAAGCCAUACGGUUGAAGCUGGCAAACUGGUAGAAGAAUUAAUUCAAGAAACUGCAGCGCGUAAUAAUGAAUUUAGACCCUUCAAGCUUAUCGAAUAA